GACUUCUCGACAAACUUCUCGACAAACGCGUCGGAGCACUAAGAACUCGAUUCACACACACACACACACACACACACACACACACACACACACACACACACACACGCACACACACACACACACACACACAUUUACACUUACAUUGCGCGCGCACACACUUACAUUGUACACACUGCAUUUACAGCUCGAGUGCUUUCUUUUUAAGCCCAUGUGAAGAAGAAGAAGAAGAAGAAGAAGAAGAAGGAGAUGAAGAAGGUGCUUCCACGGACUAGCCUUUUUAAACUAUUUAUUUGAACUUUGGUGAAGCUUUUUGAUUGGACAGGGACCGGCAAGAAAGACUAGCGAUUAGACACAGACAAAACGAGGUAUUUGGCCGUGGAUCUACGAAUGUUUGCGCUAUACUGGAGUUGAUACACAGCAUCUCACACAAAUACAUGUAUCAGGAGUACACAGGGAAAGUGAAUGAAGCUCGAGGGCUGGAAUUAUUUCGUGUCGCUCCACAAGUCCGCCUUCUUUAACCCUGACCGCAUGAUGGUUGGCUCCAAAGGCCAGUGGGGUAUCGAUGACUAGGUCUAAAUGGGAGGGCUUCUGGACAAAGCCAGCCUUCUAUUAUGGCUGCUUAUGCCAUGAACUGCCUACUCACGAUGAACCCUAAUAACCUGACUGAGAAGAGCAGCCCUCGGACUGGAAGGCCGGUGCUUCCAGUGCCGGACCGAUCCACAUACAGCCCACGGAUGGGAAAGAACAGCGGUUCUCAAAGCCCGGGCAGCUUGAGCCCUAGUUCUUCUGGUACAACUUUUGUCUUUCCCUCCGGUGUAACCAGCACAAACAACUCCAGAACGCGUUCCCCAUGUCGCUCGCCAGACCUGUUGGGGGUGAACGUGGGCACCCGGGUGCGCAGGCUGAGUGGGACAGACCCCGAGGAUGAGCAGGAGGAGGAAGAGAGGCGUGCUGCUCAGCAGCUCCAGCGCAGCAAGGAACUCCAGAAUGUAGAGGUGAACAAGAAGGUUUAUCUUUUUGAGGCUCAUAUUUCAGCACAGGCCCAGAACAGGGAGCUACAGCGCAGCCCUCGGAUUUCCAGGAGACUGGGCACUGUAGAGAAUUCUGCCCAAGUACCUCAGCUGGACAAGCCCAACUCUAUCUCUGAUAUAAACAGUACAGAUGACUGGAGCGUCCCUCAGCAGCUGCAGAACGGGAAGAACUCCCGAGGGCUGGAGCAAUACGGAGAAAAAAACAAUACAGUUAAUACAAACAACCAAGAUGGUAACCUGCAGGGAAACAAAUCACCUGACAGGUUGAUUAACAGUUUCUUCACAUCACAAGGGACCAGCAGCGACUCGACUUUCACUAAGCUAACAGACACAACUGAGGACAGAGCUCAGUUUCAGACAGAUGCUGAGGACCGGGGAGCCAUCCCUGCCGUCAUAGUUACAGACCACGGAGUAGAUGCUGGCGGAGAGGGCCAGGAGCCUCAGGUCAGCCUACAACCCUCACAAGCUCUGCGAAAGCUCUCCUCCUCGUCUGCCUCUUCCACUGGCUUCUCCUCCUGGGAGGAAUCAGAGGAAGACCUUUCCAGUGACCCGGAACGCACACCUGCCUUCCUCCAGACGCAGCAGAAAGCACAUAAGUCAUGGAAGAAGAUCAAGAACAUGGUGCAGUGGUCUCCGUUUUUAACCUCCUUCAAAAAGAAGUAUCCGUGGAUUCAGUUAGCCGGCCAUGCAGGUAAUUUCAAGGCCGGAGCCUACGGCUGCAUCCUGAAGAAGCACUGUGAAUGCGAGCAGCGCUGUUUGAUCCGGUUGAUGAACGACAUGCUAAAGCCGUAUGUCCCAGCCUACCACGGUGAUGUGGAGAAGGAAGGUGAGAAGUACAACCAGAUGGAAGAUCUGCUGGCCGAGUUUGAGACGCCCUGCGUCAUGGAUUGCAAGAUGGGCGUCAGGACAUAUCUGGAAGAAGAGCUGACGAAAGCCAGGAAGAAGCCGACUCAGAGACCCGAUAUGUACCAGAAGAUGAUUGAAGUAGAUGAAGAUGCCCCCACACCGGAGGAACGUGAGCAGAAAGCAGUUACCAAACCACGCUACAUGCAGUGGAGAGAGACCAUCAGCUCCACAGCCACACUGGGCUUUCGAAUCGAAGGCAUCAAGAAGGAAGACGGGACAGUUAACAGGGACUUUAAAAAGACCAAGACUCGGGAACAACUGACUGAGGCUUUCCAAGAUUUUCUCAAAGGAAACAGGAAUAUCCUGGCUAAAUAUCUCAUCCGGCUUCAGGAAAUCAAGGAAACUCUGGAACUGUCACCGUUUUUUCAGACCCAUGAGGUUAUCGGCAGCUCUCUACUCUUCGUCCAUGACAAGCACGAGAAGGCGAAGGUGUGGAUGAUAGACUUUGGAAAAACCACACCGCUGCCUGAAGGCAAGACCCUGAACCACCGUACCCCAUGGGUGGAGGGCAACCGUGAAGACGGCUACCUCUAUGGACUCGACCACCUCAUAGACAUUCUUAGCAACAUGGCCAUGUAAAAAAAAAAAAAAGGAGAUUGCUGUGUUCCAAUACUGCUUUUAAUGCGCCUUUGUUGACUUCCCUCCCUUGACUGUUUUAUUUCUCGGUGAUAUGUAAUCGAUCUUGUUUAUUAGGUCCCUUUUAAGGACUGAGCACCAGCAAGCGGUUAUGAUUGUUUGUAGAAAAAAAGGAAGCUGAUUUCACAGAUUUCACAUCACAACUACAUUGAUCUUGCAGCCACAGGUUUUACACUGAUGUAUCCCCUUUUCCAAAUGUGCUGCAAAUGUAGGACCUGUGUAUACAUAUGAGACUUGAGGAGAAGUCAACAAGCAUGUUAAACACAGAUUUGGAACACAGGGCACGUCUUCCUUCUCCUCUUUCUCCUCCUCCUCCUCUUCCUGGAGUUCUCUUUAUUCUGCCCUGGGUAGAUCACUCGCACUACAAUACAGGACCUGCCUGGGUUACCACAGAAAGCUACUCCCAUCACCCAGCAACCCCCAACACACACACACACACACACACACACACACACACACACACUGUUUGCAGAAUAGACAGGCCGCAUGUAUUUUCGCUGUGUGUAUUUGUAUGUAUGUAAAGAUACCGAAGCUGUACAUAUAGUAUAAAUAUAUAUAGUAUAUAUAGUGUAGAGAUUGUACAGUAUAAUGUUUCAGUAGUGGAGGUCACUUGCAAGAUUUUCUGUAGCUUAAAACCAUGUCAGUCUGCGUUCGAAUGUAAGAUUCCAGAUUUUCUCCCGUUAACUCGAGCUGUUCUUUAGUUCUAGAGUUACAGCAUCGAGCACUUGUGCCUUUCGUUUCACUUUCCAAAGCCUUUCACUUACAAUUGACAAGAUUUUCACCGUAUCCACAUUUGGUACACAGUUUCUACAACAGCUUACCAGAUGUUUAUUUUAGCUUUUUACACACAUCUAAACUUAUAGGUUUAAUAUCUUAGUACUAUUUAAAUGGGUUUGGAUGUAUUUUUUUUUUUUUUUGUUAGGUUUUUUUUUAUUUGGGAUGUAAUAUGGUGGUUAUAUGAUAUUUAUUAUGUAGUGCCUAAAUGUAAGAACUGACAAUUGUUGUAGUUUUACGUUUUGCCUAUAUUAAUUUAUUCUACAUGCCUUUUUUUUAUGACAAAAACAAAACAAAGAUUGUAACAGACCCAAAAUCUCAGCAGAAACAUUUCUGGAAUCAAAUGAUCAUAUGAUUUGAGGUGACGUCAUGCUGAGAUUCAUACAGACUGGCUUUGAAAACGUAGCUGAUAUCAUACUUUAUUCAUGGGGAAUUCCACUUGUUGUUCUUCAAAAUACACAUAUAUAUAUAUAUAUGAUUGAGAAGUCAACAAAAUCCUGCAGAAUGUUUUCCCAUUCUAUAGAUACGUAGCGACUUAAUUUAUUAACAGCUUGUAAAACUGAAGGUCAGAACAGAGCUUCGUCUGUGUAUCCUCUUAACCGCUAGAGAUAAUCAGUUCAUCGCCAUCUCAGUACUCUCAGUACUACAGCCUGGUAUUUGUUGAACAAACGGAAACAAUAAUCAAUAAAAAAAAAAGAUAAACGUUCUCUCUUUAAAACUUUCGGCUGUCGUCGUGAUUGUCGCCGUGAACCGAGCCUUAAAUCAGAAAAUCUGCCCUCACAUUCAAAAGUAUUUUCUAACCUAGGACAUUUAGAAGAGUGGAACAUAAAUUAGAUCUUUAGACUGAGUUUUAAAGGUUGGUACUAGAGUUAGAACUCAAUAAGAGUUCGGAAUAGCGCAUUGGUAUCUGGUUUGGGCCGUGGUUGAUAGUUAGACUCGUGGAGGUGAUGGACGGAUUAAACCAUACAGCAGACUGAAGAGACUGAAAUAGUCAUUUCAAUGUGGCUCCGAGUAACGACGUCUAAUAUGAGGACACAUUUCUAAUAUUAACAUGUAAAAUAAAUGAAUAAAACAAACUAAUGUUCUGAGUUUGUAACUCAAGAGACUCCACGUAGCCUCGUUUGAGCCUCGUCCCUGCUCUCAGAAGCUGUAAUAAUUCAGAGUCCUACAUUAUUUCAGAGUCGGUGUGUUGUAGUGAGGUUUCUAAAGAGCACAGCACACACUCAUUUUUGAAGUUUGUUUACUUCUUAACAUGCAAAUGCUGCAGAGGUUUUGGAAAACCCGAUAGGAUUCCAGUCUGAUCCCAAGUGUUUUAUCUUCUCCACAUGUUUCUAAUUCAUCCACUCAGUAAUCUCAGUCUUAAAAGGCAGUACUGACCCAAAGUGUAACAUUCCUGUAGAUCUCCUCAUCGGAAUAGACUUUGGUUUGUGGUUUGUUGUUAAAAGGCUCAAUCAGACAUGACUUGAAUUGCAUCCGGUUCAAAUGAGGGUGAUUGCCAUUUGCAUGGUUAUUUGCUAUGCAAAAUUCCUCAGUCUCUGCUCCGGCCAAACAUUUGGCUGUGGUCCAACGAAAAGCCGGUCUGUGAUUAAAAAGUACAUUUGUGUGUGUGUGCCUGCUGAUAGACGUUUGCGAGAUCCUCAGCUGGUUCGUCGUGGUUUAUCGAACGUGGGUCAGGAAUAGCUGGAACCUUCGUGCUCAUAUUUAAUUCCUUUACCUAAAAAAUUAAUCCUGAUGUGUUUUUCCCAGUUUAUCAGCAUCACAGAUUCAGUUAUGCACAUAUGUUUCGUUCCGUUAAAUUCGGCAGAUUUAAACUGAAGCUACAGAUUGUCCACGUUUCUAUAUGUCUGUUUCCUGUGUAUCUUUUGUGUUGGAUCUUAAUACGUGAAGCCUAUCACGUUCACGUUUGGGGGGGGGGGGGGGUUGAUUGAAAUAAGCCCAAAAAAAAUCAUACUUAUAAUUGUGAAAUAAAUGAGUUUUAAUCUAAAGAUGAGUUUUAAAAUAUUCUUUAUAAGAGAAUCCCUUUCAGCAACUGCUCACAGUGAUCUUUGUCCUGCUGUAGCUGAGCUCUGGGAAAAGAGCGCCCCCUGAUGUCAUGGUGCUCUAGUACAAAUCCUUGACUAGACUAUUUUUGAACCUUUUUAAUACAAUUUAAUUUGGAGCUGUACAAAUAUCCAUUAAUCGCCUGUGACGUUUUGCACAAAAAACACUAAAUAUAGCUGUGUGCCUCUUCACUUUGAGAUCACGGUCAGAUCCGUUUUUUGUUUUUUUUUCAGUCCCUUGCUUGGUGAGGUCUUGUAAACGUUAACAGAAAAGGGUGCCAUUAUGAAAUUGUCUGUCUUCCAGGACUUGCUCUAAUGCUGUAAGCUACUGUACAUUUUACUAAAGUCUUUCUGCUUGGCUGUACAAAAUCUUCUGAAGUAAACGAGCAAAAAGUCGAACAAUU